UCCACCACCAUCUCUUUUUUGCUUCUCUCUCCCUUAAGUCUUGGUUCUUCUUCUCCCUUAAUACGAGAAGAAAAAGGCGAAAACCUCGCCAGUCCGAUUACGCGAAAAAGCUCGAAGGUUUUUGGAUAUGGCGUCGAAGCGGAUCUUGAAGGAAUUGAAGGAUCUCCAGAAGGAUCCACCUACGUCAUGUAGCGCAGGUCCUGUUGCUGAAGACAUGUUUCAUUGGCAGGCAACGAUAAUGGGUCCUUCAGAGAGUCCUUACGCUGGAGGUGUUUUCCUCGUAACCAUCCAUUUCCCUCCGGAUUACCCAUUCAAGCCUCCUAAGGUUGCCUUUAGGACCAAGGUGUUCCAUCCCAACAUUAACAGCAACGGUAGCAUUUGCCUCGACAUCUUGAAGGAGCAGUGGAGUCCUGCACUCACCAUUUCCAAGGUGCUGCUAUCGAUCUGUUCUUUGUUAACUGAUCCAAACCCGGAUGAUCCUUUGGUGCCCGAGAUAGCUCACAUGUACAAGACUGACAAGAACAAGUACGAGUCAACUGCACGGAGCUGGACUCAGAAGUAUGCCAUGGGCUGAAAUGGAAAAUCCCACCUACUUAAUUAUCUCUUUAUGAAAAAAUCUGCCUUAAUUUCUUAUGUAUGAUUCAAUAGACCUCUCUGUCCUCCUGUGUCCUCCUUUAACUUUUCUGAAGACGCGACCAAAUGAAAUGGGUCCUGUUUUAAACAAAACCAAGAAAAAAAAGAACAUCAUCUUUGUGAAACUAGUAACUGAAAAAUCUUCUGGUGUUUUCGUCUUAUGCUGAAAUUAUGAUUUGAUGUUUCUGUUGUG